AUGGUGUCGCUACGAUCCAGCAAAUGGGACUUUCUUCAGGACGAACCGGAGCUGGACGGAGACGAAAGCGGUUUUUCGCAAGCUAGUAGCUUGCGCGAGCAGGCAAAUGCUUUGGCCCACCAUGCACGGGAAGAGCAGGAGGCGCGGCCACGGCAGCAGCAUCUUUGCGAGGCCCUGGCAAUGUAUCGCAAAGCCGAUGCCCUGCUGGAGGGGCACAUCAAGGAGUCCGAGGAAGCCAGCUUGGCGCUUCAAUGCCGUCUGAAUGCAGCGUGCCUUGCCAUGCAGGUCGUUGGGCUCGCCGGAGCAGAAGAGAGACACCAGGCAGAAGCGGUCGCAACUCAGUUUGCAAACGCGGCACUGGAGAUUGAUCCAGAGAAUCCUCAUGCAGCACUCAUCCUGGCGCGCCUGGCAGGCAGUCGGAAGGGCUUGGCCGAGCAGCAUCUCCGAAAUGCGCAAGUUUGGGCGCAGAAGCGAAAGGAUGAGGAUGCAGCUGGUCAAGCCACAGAAUUGGCAAAGAGCUUGCGACCAGGAUGGCAGACGCAGGUUGAUUCGCCGUCUGUUUGGGUGCAGAAGGGGGCCGAACUCUUCAAGCGAGGUCAAACAAAGGAGGCCGAGUGCAUGUUGACGCAAGCAGUCGACUACUUGGACCGGAAGGAGAAUGGAGGUCCAAUAGACUCCCUUUCCACACAAACUGCGCGUGCACUGGCAUUUGAUGCGCUCGAGGUGUUGGCAGAGUGUCUAGCGGCCAGGAGAGACUUCGAGGGUUCCCUCCGAUGUGGCCGCAGAGCUGCCAGUUUGCUCGAAGCGGGUGUCACUCAGGUUCCUUUCUCGGAGCCCGAGUGUAGCAGGCGAGCAGGCCUUCUGAACCUGUCCUUGGGACAUGCUGCCGAAGCUGUCGGUGACAAGGAGGCGCUCUCCUUCUUUCGACGAGCAGCUCAAGCAUUGCAGAGGUCCAACUCGACACCCGCGUUGGAAGGAACGGCCCUACUUGAGUUUGGUCUCCGCCUGGCUCAGGAGUUCGAAGCUGGGGAUCCGAAUGCUUCUGACUUGGCCAUGCCCACUUUGGAGCGUGCGAUUGAGAAGCUAAAGCUUGCGCACGGUCUGCAGCUGAAAGGAAGGAAAGAUAAUCGCGUUGCAGUCGCGAGUUCCCAGACCCCGGCAGUCGCCUCUGAAAGACUUCUGAGGAGACAGCUCCAGGCACAGGUUUUGGCUGUCAGCAAGACCGUCGUCCGUGCGAUGGCACAUAUUGAUAGCGUGUGCAACAUCCGAGGGCUAAGCAGUCUUGCCCUGAAAGCUCAAUCGGAGAGGGGUUCUGUUUCUCGAGCCAUUUGUAAUAGAAUACUUCCUAAUUCAGCGGAGUGGGAGGGCUGA